GGGCGGAGCCGCGGGCCGGCGGGCAGGUGCGCGCGGGCCGGAGGGCGGAGCCGCGAGGCCGCGAUGGAGCGGAGCCCGGGCGGGCGCCGGGGCCGGGGCCCGAGCACCAGGCGGAGCGCGAGCCGGAGCCGCAGUCACAGCCCGGACCAGGCCGGGGGCCGCGAGCGCAGGGCCCGGCUGCUCGCAGCGGCGGCGGCCGAGCCCCCCAGCGGCUGAGGGCCUUCCUCCGAGCCCCUGCCGGCGGUCCCCGCAGCCGGGCAGCGCGGGGACCCCCCCAUCCCGGGAGAACGGGGGACCCCUGCAGCUCCAGCAGAGCGGCUCCCCGUCCGGGGAAGGCGAAAGCUUCCUCCGUGUCCAGAAGACAGCGACCACCCUACGGUACCGAGAAGACCCCCCCCACCCCGUCGAUCUGGGGCCCCUAGAACGCAUUGCCGGCCCCCCCGGUAGGGACUGCGGGGACCCCCGCUCAAGACCCUGACCAUUGCAACUGCACACCUCAAGACGCCGAGACACGGCUCCGCACGCCCCUAGAUCCCAGACACCCCCCCGGGCCCUGGAGCCCAGACCCAGGGACCCGCACCAGCAGGAGGCCUCGGGACCCCUCGGCGCUCCGGGAUCGGGGGCGCCCGAGCCCCCCGCGGCGGCGCCGUUCGCAUCCCAGCCCAUGGUCGCGGCGCCCUGAGCCCCCCCGGGCCGGGCUGACGGAACCGAGACGGCGCCGAGACCCCCCGCCGCGGCGUCCCCGCGGCCCCAGCCCAGGGAGAAGAUGAGUGUGGGCUGCCCAGAGCCAGAGCCGCCCCGCUCCCUGCCGUGCUGUGGGCCCGGGGCCGCCCCUGGGCUGGGUGCAGGGGUGCCCCUGCUCACGGAGGACAUGCAGGCCCUCACCCUGCGCACGCUGGCCGCCAGUGAUGUCACCAAGCACUAUGAACUCGUGCGGGAGCUGGGCAAGGGCACCUACGGGAAGGUCGACCUGGUGGCCUACAAGGGGACAGGCAUGAAGAUGGCGCUGAAGUUCGUGAACAAGAGCAAGACCAAGCUGAAGAACUUCCUGCGAGAGGUGAGCGUCACCAACAGCCUCUCGUCCAGCCCCUUCAUCAUCAAGGUCUUCGACGUGGUCUUUGAGACCGAGGACUGCUACGUGUUCGCCCAGGAGUACGCGCCGGCGGGGGACCUGUUUGACAUCAUCCCUCCUCAGGUGGGGCUCCCCGAGGACACGGUGAAGCGCUGCGUGCAGCAGCUGGGCCUGGCGCUGGACUUCAUGCACGGGCGGCAGCUGGUGCACCGCGACAUCAAGCCCGAGAACGUGCUGCUGUUCGACCGCGAGUGCCGGCGCGUGAAGCUGGCCGACUUCGGCAUGACGCGCCGCGUGGGCUGCCGCGUGAAGCGCGUGAGCGGCACCAUCCCCUACACGGCGCCCGAGGUGUGCCAGGCGGGCCGCGCCGACGGCUUCGCCGUGGACACGGGCGUGGACGUGUGGGCCUUCGGCGUGCUCAUCUUCUGCGUGCUCACCGGCAACUUCCCGUGGGAGGCGGCGUCGGGCGCCGACGCCUUCUUCGAGGAGUUCGUGCGCUGGCAGCGCGGCCGCCUGCCCGGGCUGCCGUCGCAGUGGCGCCGCUUCACCGAGCCCGCGCUGCGCAUGUUCCAGCGGCUGCUGGCGCUCGAACCCGAGCGGCGCGGGCCGGCCAAGGAGGUGUUCCGCUUCCUGCGGCACGAGCUUACGUCCGAGCUGCGCCGCCGGCCGUCGCACCGCGCGCGCAAGCCCCCCGGGGACCGCCUGCCCGCCGGGCCGCUGCGCCUCGAGGCGCCCGGGCCGCUCAAGCGGACGGUGCUGACCGAGAGCGGCGGCGGCGGCGGCGGCCCCCGGCCCGCGCCCCCCAACGUGGGGCCCGUGCCCGUGCCCGUGCCCGACGCCGGCCUGGCGCCCCCGGGGCCCCCCGGCAGGACGGACGGACGCCCGGACAAGGGCAAAGGGCAGGUGGUGCUGGCCACGGCCAUCGAGAUCUGCGUGUGAGCCGGGCUGCGCCCCCCGCCCCCGCACCGAGCGCCCCUCCCCCGCGUGGGCGGGUGGAGGGGGCCGCGGAGAGAGCCCCUCCCUCCCCCCCGACGGCGACCGCUGGCCCCUGGUGGAGGACAAGGGCCGGGCCCAGGGGGAACCGCGCCCCCGCGACCCGAGGAUUCAGAGGCACCCCCCACCCCCAGACACACACCGGGAGCUAGGGAGCUUCCCGCGCCCCUUGGACUCGCCCACCCUCCCCGGACCCUGCGCUCCUGGCCCCGUGCACCCCCUGGCAGAUCACCGGGCAGCCCGGCCUGACCCAGCGCCUGCCCUCCCGGCCACCCUCCCUGGGCAGGAAGGAGCUGAGUGGUGGCGCAGAGGAGGGGCCGGGAGGGGGCCCUGAGCGGAGGGCAGGGGUCUCCCCAAGCCCAGCCUCUGCAAAAUGUAGCAAACGUCUGGAUGCGGUGCGAGUGAGUGAGCACGAGAGUGAGUGAAUGUGUGUGUGUGUGUGUGCGCGUGUGCGUGUGUGUGUGUGUGUGUGUAUGUGUGUGCGCGUGUGCGCGCGCCUGUGUUCCAGCUGGCGGUUCCGCACAGACCCCAGGAAUCUGUGAUACCCCCACACACUGUGCUGAGGACAGAGCCCCUCAGGAGGGCCUUGGAAGCGGGGUGCUCUGCCAGCCCCUCCCCUCCCAGACUGUCCUACCGGAACCGAGGGGCCCGGGUGCUGAAAGGAGGGGCAAUGCCGCUGCUGGCCGGCCGACUCCCCCCAGGGACCCUCUCUCCUCCCGCUCAGCCCGCACAUCACCCCCCACCCCGCUUCUCGGGCAGCCACGCAAACUGUGCUGGAUUUGUCACUUGGGGUUGCGUUGGGGUCCGUCCCCGCAGCCCGUGUGGGCCCAGCCCCUGAGGCAACCCCGGCGGGGGUGUGUCAGGGACUGUGUGGGUCUGGGCGCAGCGGUCAGCGCGGUUUGCCUGGAGCUGUGCAUGUCAGUGACUGUAUCCAGACCCCCUUCCGUCAGCCCCCAACCCGAGUUUUCCCCAGGCAGCUGCAGAGGGGUCCCGGCCGCGUCACCAGCCCUCAGGGAACCGGCAGGAAGCACCUGCAGGUCAGUUCGGCCCCAACAUGAGAGGAACCCCAUUCUCCAGCACCCCCCACCCCUGCUCUCUGGGAAGGCCUGGGACCCCGCAAUAACCACCGCCUGGGGGAGGCCACCCCCUCCGCCUGCCGUGCACCCCCACUCACCACCCUGAGCCACGCCUGCCUGUCCCUCCUGGGGGUUCAGGACAUUUGAGGGGGCUCCUUGAUGGCCAGGCUGACCAUGGGGGCGGGGCGCCGACCGCCUGCUGACCUAGAGCCCCCCCAGUCCCCUCUGACCCCUCAUUCCCACCGUGCAAAAGGGCUAUAGGUCCCCCUGCCCUGCCCGGGUCCAGUUUACAAACAGCGUGCGGUUGCCCCAGGGCCUGGCCCCCACCCCUCGGUGUCCCCCACUGAGACCCUUUCCCCGCCAGCGGGCAUUGGGACCCUUCACAUGCCAGGUAAGUAGCAAAACCCUCCUCCCACCGAGGCCCGACUCCGCAAAGGCCCCGACACUGCCCCCAGCCCCCUGGACACCUCCCAGCCGCACCAUUUCCUUCUGCCUUAGGCCUCUCUCGACAUCUCGUCUCCUGCAAUAAAUAACAAGGACGCGAGGCCCCGCAGCCCCCGCCGUGCCCCCCGCCCUGUGAGACCCUCUGCGGGAGCCUCGCCCUCGCGUCGUCGUAGUUUGUAGGGUGUUAGUCGGGAAGGACCGUAGUCGCGGGGCCCCGGGCGGUUGCCGGAGCAGGACCGUGCCCGUCCGCCCGGGACCCUUUGCCCCUUAGGAGAGGUGUUUGGUCACAGAUGUUUACCUCAGUUUAUGUCACUGUCGAAGAAACAAAAUUAAUAGCAAAAAAAAAAAAAAUUUAGUAACACCGUAGAUGUGAAGACUUAGAAUACAGAACACACAUAAACACGCCCCCCGCCCUGCAAUUCUGCUGUGAAGGUGUAUGUGUGCGUGUAUGUCCCACCCCGGGCCGCCAGGAUGCCCCCGGCCUCUGUCCCCGCCCCUGUGCGCCCCCCCCCCCCACUCACUGCCCCCAUCCAUCGGUGCUUCCCAGAGGCCCCUCUGAGCUGGCCUGUGGGGCGUGGGGAGCCCCCCGGAUGGGGGCCAGGGCCAAGGUUACAAGAGGGCUUCCCACCAGGCCCAGUGAGCAGCGCCCCAAGGCUGCCUGAGCCCCCGCUGCAUGGGUGGCACGGCCCUGGUGGCUGGCACGGCCUCCAAACCGGCUCAGGCCCCGGGGGGAGGUGUGGGGGGUCCUGCUCCUCGUGUACACCCCCCCACCCUGUGUUUGUAAAUACUUUGGCAUCCUUUGGCCCUGAGAAGGUUUUUAAAUGUGUUAUUUACUUCUCUAAUCAUGACAAUUGCUUAUAAAAUAAAACAAAAGUUUAGAA